AGACCUUGAAAAUCUCAACUUCUCUAACACAAAAAUUGCUACAUAUUUGUGGCAAUUUAGCGGUAGGAGUAAGUACACAAAAAAAUUGGUACAUAUUUCAGACACAAUACAUAAACAAAAUUCGCAAUGAGUUCCAUGGAUAAGUCCCACAAGAGUGAAGAGGCUUUUGGGCAGUCUCAAUCGAGUUGCAGUCGUCGCGUUAUGUGGAAAUUGAGCGAUGAGGUGGAGACCUUCGACUCCAUCGUCAACUAUCGCCGCGUGCCAUCACGGACUCUGCAGUCAACGAAUGUGACAACUGAGCAGCAGCCUCAGGCAAGUACGAGCAAAGCCUGCAGCUCCUCCAACUAUGCGGCCGAUGCCUGGCAUCAGAUCUUCAAACUGAUACGCAGUAAUAAAUUAGCCGAGGAGUUGAAUCACCAGCCCAGUGCUUCGCCCAGCCUGGCGCUUCGCUACAAGCCCUCGCGUGAGUCCCUAAAGUACAGACGCAGCAAGGAUUUGUCCGCUGAGAAAGCUGUGCAGCAAAAACAACAACAACAACAGCAAUUGCAACAACAGCAGCUGCAACAACUGCAAGCCACAACUAUAGCACCACCGCCGGCUAAGGUCCACAGACUGAUCAUCACAGACUUGAAAAUGGAAUCGUGUUGUUUGCCGCCGCAACAAAUGGCCGUGGUCCGUGAGGUGGCGCCUACAUUUGCAGCGCGCAUACCCAACGACACGGACUCGUGUUGCUCCGGUGAACUGGAGGCUCCACAGAAUAGUCCCGUGAUGAACGUCUCCGUUUCCAGCAUGUUGGCAUCCGCCAAUGCGCAAACACAGCCCCAGCGCAUAUCGCCGCCGACCGCCAAACUAAUGCUGACCAAUGGGAAUGUGACCAAGCCAGCAAAUAGUUGCGCCUCCUUCAUCAGCACUCAAAAUUCGGCGACAAAAUCGAACAAUACAGCUCCUCCAAAUCAACAAAAACGCCGUCAGGGCACCGCAAAUAAUGGAAAUAAAAUGACAACGACCUCGACGACAAUGACGAUGACCACAGGGAAUAAGUGGAGUGGAAAUGCGGGUGGCAAGCAAAGUGGCAGCAGCAGCAACAACAUGAAUUUUCCCACAUUCCGACAGCGUCAGCUUGAGUUGCAUCGAUAUCGUGUGCAAGUGGAACAGAGACGUUUGGACUUAUUGGAGUUGAAAAUUGCACGUGAACGCGAGGAGGCGGUGCACAAUGAGAUACUCUUUCACAAGGAUCUGCAAAUCCGGGAGCAUCAGAUGAAAUCCUUCGACGACUGUUCUAACGCGUAAGCCAAUUACGAUGCAAUGAAUAAAGGCCAACUAAACUCCCUGGACUCUUCACAGUAACCCAACAAAAUCUCAAGUUAAUAACCAAAAUUCGCCAUGUUCAACACAAUAGCAAGAGUAAAAGCAAAAAGCAAUAAAACCGAAUACAACAAUA